AUGUUUCGGUAUAUCAGUUCAGUGUUCCUGUUGCACCUUAUCGAAACCGCGUAUUUAUACACGACAUGCUUGGCUGAAAGUGAUUUUGCACCACAGUUCGAACUCCCUGUGAACAAGGCGGAAAGCGAUCCGGCAGAAGUUGAUAUUGCAAAACGAAGCUUCCUUUCAUUCUUCAAAAACAUCGGCAACACCAUAGCCAAUGUGGGUAAAGGUGUAUUCAAUACUGUGAAAAAUGUUGUUGGUGGUAUAUUCAGUCGACCAUCAUCAUCCCCACCACCCCCACCACCACCACCACCACCGAUGGCUCCACCAAUGUCAUCGCCAAUGUCAUCGUUUAUGCCGUCGCCAAUGUCGAUGUCAAUGAGACCUCCGAUGUCAAUGUUCCCGCAGAUGUCAAUGUCGAUGGGAUAUCCACCAUCAAGCGUAUCAACACUCCCCAGAUUGUUAAUGUUAAGCCUCAUGACGGACAUGAUGAACGAAGAGGCACCCAGUUGUCCAUGCGGCUGUAGAAGACGAGGUGGACGUCGAAAAAUCACCAAUCCCGGACAGUGGAUGAAAUCGGAUUAUCGAACAACAGCAUUCCCACGAAAUCGAUGGAACCAUGGCUACUACUCGUAUUUUGAUCGACCUAUCCCUCAAUCUACAUGGAAUUAUCCAAUCAAUUAUAUGGAUUACUAA